CAUUAGCCGUUUAGUCCUGCCUCGUUUGGCUUCUCAGACUGCAGAUUAUCUCCCAUUUACAAAAACCGCUCAAACCCUCAAAAGACUUUGACGCAAGCCAUCCUCAGGCAACCAGCAGGAUCCAGGCGAAGACACGCUCCGAGCUGUGGGUUCAUCUAUCUCCCUCGCCCUCUCUGCUUGCAGGAUGAGUGUGGAGAGACUUGGUAUGGCUCUCUCCAGCGUCUGGGACGACGGGAACGCGACGUGGCUGCUGCCCGAGCGUUCCGUUCUUCAGCCGGCGUGGGACUAUCUCCGGCAGAACCACGAAAGCACCCUCCGUUCGCCUCUGUUCCCCGUUCUCCUGUCUGUCUCUACCUAUCUGCUGCUGAUCCUGUUCUACACCAUGCUGGACUUGCUAGCUCCCACCUGGCCCAUCAUCCGCCGCUACCAGAUCCACCCUGACCACACCGUGACCUGGUCCAGCAUCGGCAACACUCUGGCCCUCACCACCUACAACCACCUGCUCUACAUCUUCCCAGCAGCUGUGGGGCAGUGGCUCUGGCGCCCCCCGGUGCCUCUCCCCAGCGAAGCACCCUCGCUAGCCGCCUUUCUGCUCGGGAUAGUCGGAUGCACGGUGAUUUUUGACUUUCAGUAUUACCUGUGGCACCUCUUGCACCACCGUGUGAGCUGGCUGUACAGUACCUUCCACGCAAUCCACCACCAGUACAGGCAACCGUUCAGCCUGGUGACGGAGUACCUCUCAGGCUGGGAGCUGUUCAGCGUGGGUUUCUGGACCACAGUGGAUCCGGUGCUGCUACAAUGCCACUGCUUGACCGGCUGGGCCUUUAUGAUCUUCAACGUGUGGGUCUCUACGGAGGAUCACUGCGGCUACGAUUUCCCCUGGGCCAUGCACCGCCUGGUGCCCUUCGGCCUCUGGGGUGGCGUCCUGCGCCACGACAUCCACCACCUACACCCCGGCACCAACUUCGCACCGUUCUUCACGCACUGGGACUGGCUGGCCGGGACUGCCUGCGCUCCCUCCGCAAAACUCCGUGAAAACGAGAGCGACGAAAACAACACGAAAGCCAACGGACGGAAAGCAGACAAAGGGGCUUGAGAGACCAUCCGUCAAGAGACGAUAUAGCUCCUCCACUGCCGUUCACAAGUUUGGACUCACUGCUCAGAUGCUUGGAAUCAAUGUUCUCAAUAAUAUGAAAGAAAUUCUGUUGCUGAAAAAUGUCAAAUUAGUCUGAAACGCUAGUCCUGUGCAACUUUAUACUUUUGAACUCAGCUGUAGGAUAGAAAGCUGUAAAAUAACAAAACCAUCUUCAGACAGAGGAACAGAGCUGGGGAUUGAUCUAAAAUUAGACUGCUGUAGAGCAUCCAGAACCAAGUUCUGACUCUUAUUGUUUUCAUAUACAGAUUUGAUCACCAACAAGUGGUCAAACAUCUAAGUGGCUCUAAACUCGGCGAGAAAUGAUUGUAAGUAGAAGAUCACAGCAGGUAAUGAUGCAGAUACGUCUGAGUAGCUUUCGGUGUCUAGUUUAAAAGACUCAGAUCUACAUCGUCUAAGCUUCAUUGUGUAUGAAAUAACAAAACCUAUUAACAUGGCAAGUGAUUCCAAACUUUUAAACGGUGCAGCUCCACCCUUCACACCCUCUCCUCUCCAUCUCUGGCCACAUCGGUUUUUCUGUCCUCGGUUUUUUUUUUUUUGUUUGUUCGUUUCCAAGAAUGUGAAUCAGCCUUUAUUAUUUAUUCCUCCUUCAUUCAUUUUGCUGUUAUUUUUUUACUCAAAGUCACGAAAGAUUUCUUACUAACUCCACCGAGUAGUGAAGCUGAGCUAUUCGACUGGAAGCUUUGAGUCGUGCUGUUAGUUGACUGGAUUGUAUAAGGCAUUUUAUUCUUGUGAAGCAUAUAUAUUUUUCUAGAGCCUUUCUACUGUCGGUGAAUGUGUGGGCAUUUCGGAGGCUGUCUCAGGUUAGUAGCUUUGGCCUUUUGUGUGAUCCCAGAGUGCUGCGGGUCUCCUGACCCAGAAGACGUGAAGAUGUUUUGCUAUUGUUAGCUGGUACUGCCACUUACAGGGUACAUUUUUUCACUAAAGAUUGUCCAAUAAAAUGCUGCGCUUGAGUCUCGU